GGGAACAGUUUGGGGAAGGCCCUUUUCUGUUCCAGCAUGACUGUACCCCAGAGCACAAAGCAAGGUCAAUAAAGACAUGGUUGGGUAAGUUUGGUGUGGAAGAACUUGACUGGCCCACACAGAGUCCUGUCCUUAACCCCAUCAAACAUUUUUGGGAUGAUCUAGAAGAGUGGCAGCUGUUACAGCUGCAAAGGGGGGACCAACUCCAUACUGAUGCCUAUGGAUUUAGAAGUUUCUGUAGGUGUAAUGGCCAGGUGUCCCAAUACUUUUCUCCAUAUAGUAUAUAUUUUUGUUAUCCUUGAAAUAAUGCCAUUUUUAAAGCUGGGGGGUGUUGGGGACUACCUUAUAUCCAACAAGUUAUCCAGCUGAGCAACAUAUACUGCUUUGUGGAAUACCCCCCCUGGUGUGUGGAUACGUUUGCACUACAUUCUUGUUAGUAUUUUGGAGUACGGGCACAGAACCUGUGAUUUAUUACAUUUUCAAGUCGACACAUAUCUUAUAAUCACUUUCAAUCUCCUUGUGCUCCAGAAUGUGGAGUAUAUGUUUGGCAUUGUUGGUGUGCCGGUCAUUGAGAUCGCCAUGGCAGCUCAAGCCGCUGGGAUCAAGUAUGUGGGAAUGCGCAAUGAACAAGCAGUACGGCUUGCUAUGCAGCGUCUGCGGUCGGGUACCUCACUGGACGCCCUGCAGUGUGCUUAGUGGUGUCAGGGCCUGGACUCAUCCAUGCCCUGGGUGGGAUGGCGAACGCUAACAUUAACUGCUGGCCUCUGCUUGUUAUUGGCGGCUCCUCGGAUCAAAACAAAGAAACCAUGGGGGCUUUCCAGGAGUUUCCUCAGGUGGAAGCCUGUCGACUCUACAGCAAGUUUGCGGCCAGACCGAGCAGCCUAGGGGCCAUUCCGUCAGUGAUGGAGAAGGCCGUUCGGAGCAGUAUCUACGGCCGUCCGGGUGCCUGCUACAUCGAUAUCGCCGGGGACAUGGUGACCGCUAGCGUGGACAAAUCUGGAGUGAGGGUUGUGCCGUGUUGCCCACCCCCUCCCCUGAGUUUGGCUGGUCCCGGGGAAGUCGCAGAAGCAGUCUCUGUAUUGAAGGCAUCCAAACGGCCACUGAUUAUUGUUGGAAAAGGGGCAGCCUAUGGGCGAGCGGAGGAUGAGAUUUGCCAGCUAGUGGAGCUCUGUGGAUUGCCCUUCCUGCCCACCCCCAUGGGUAAGGGCGUCCUGCCAGACGAUCACCCGAACUGUGUGGCUGCAGCUCGAUCCAGGGCUCUGCUCGAGGCUGAUGUUGUGGUGCUCCUGGGCGCGAGGCUCAACUGGAUCCUGCACUUCGGCCACCCUCCCAGAUUUAGCCCCCAAGUGAAGGUCAUCCAGGUUGACCUUUGUGCCGAGGAGCUGGGGAACAACGUGAAGCCAGCCGUCGCCCUCUUAGGAGACGUUCGCGGUGUCGUCGCUCAGCUUCUGGGGUGUUUCCGCAAAGACACAUGGAAGUAUGGGUCUGAUACGGAGUGGUGGAAGAGUCUGAGGGAGAAGAUGGUCGCCAAUGAAAAAGUGUCCAAGGCGCUGGCUCUUCGCUCAUCACUCCCGAUGAACUACUACACCGUGUUCCACCAUGUCUCCCAGCUCCUGCCACGUGAUUGCAUCAUCGUGAGUGAAGGAGCCAAUACCAUGGACAUUGGGCGCACCAUGCUCCAUAACUACCUCCCGAGGCACAGGCUGGAUGCUGGAACGUUCGGGACCAUGGGGGUGGGGCUUGGCUUCAGCAUUGCAGCUGCUAUGGUGCAGAGUGACCCGAGUACAAGGCAGCGAGUCGUCUGCGUGGAGGGGGACAGCGCCUUCGGGUUCUCUGGCAUGGAAGUGGAGACCAUUUGCAGGUACAAGCUGCCAGUGAUCAUCAUCGUCGUCAAUAACAACGGGAUAUACAGCGGCGUAGACGUGGAGACAUGGAAGGAGAUGGCAAAGAUGGGCGACCUCACCACUAUGGCUCCUCCCGUCACGCUGCUGCCGGAAGCCCGAUACCAUGAGGUCAUGUCUGCGUUUGGUGGGCGGGGCUUCCUGGUACGGACACCGCGGGAGCUGAGGGAGGCGCUCAGCCUCAGCCUGGACGACUGGGAGAGGCCAAGCCUACUGAACGUGCUGAUAGACCCAACUUCAGACAGGAAGCAGCAGGAGUUCCCCUGGCUGACGCGAUCUAACCUGUGACGGAAUGAAUGGGGCAGCCUGUAGGAGUCCUGCCCCCCUUUGCAGGAGAGAACAGCAUUUUCUGUACUGUUUCGUGUCAGCAAAUUCAUAUUCUGUUAUCAGAAUUUUCUAAUUGCUUUGAAAUUUGUAGAAUGUGUAACCAGGAUAUAUGAAAUAUACAGGACUGUGGAAAAGUUUUAGGCACUUGCAAAAAAUGCUCUAAAGUGUUGAUGCUUUGAAAAAUAAUACCAUGAAUAAUUAUUAUUUAUUAAUUAGCAUAAACAGUGCAUAAACAGACAAAAAAACGUAAAUCAAAUCAAUAUUUGGUGCAACCAUCCUUUGCCUUUAAAAAAUCAAUUCUCCUAGGUAUUCAUGCACACAGUUAAAGAUUUUGUAGGCAUAUAGUCCAUGCCUGAUCAAUCAGAGAAAAGAGGUACUAUAAAUAUGUAGGUUAAAAGACAAUCACUACGGAAAGCAGAAACAGCUGAAGGUGAGAUGAAACUGGGUUAGGAAGAGACAUGAUCUGACAAACUGGUAUUUUCAGAUGUGCUGUCCAACGUCUUCUGCAGCACAAAGAAGCAGCAUCACUAAGGACUGAAGGUGCAGUGGUCGGCCAAGGAGAUUUAGUGCCGCAGAUGAGAUUCAUCAUGUUGGCUUCCCUUGGCAGUUGGAGAUGUCCAGUGGCACCAUCAGCUCAUACUGGGCAGAGAUCAGUGGGACCCCAGUACACUCGUGUACAGUCCAGAGAGGUCUGGUCAGAAGGGUCUUCAUGCAAGACUUGCAGCUAAUAAACGAUCCCUCUGACAUGGAAAGAAGGAUGAGCUGCUCACCGCUGCACAAAAACAGAAGUAUUGGGGUGCAGAAAAGUGGCAGCAGGUGCUCUGAACUGAUGAGUCAAGAUUCAAAGAAUUUGGUAGUUUAUUCACUGGAUGGCCGAAGAGUGUUAUAAUAAGUCCUAAAGAACUCACUUCAAGGAGAAGAACGACAAGGGUUGCUGGAAGAGACAGAUUGGCUCCCACACAGCCUUGAUUUCAGCAUAGAGACAAAAGUAACGGACACACCUAAAUCCACAGAGGAGCUGUGGUCAGUUGUCCUAGAUCUUUGGAACAACCUACUUGCAGAGUUCCGUAAUACACUGUGCACAAGUGUACCUAGUAGAACUGGGGCUCUUUUAAAGCCAAAGGGUGAAAUAUUGAUUUGAUUUAGGUUUUUCCUGUUUAUGCACUUUGUGUGUUGUGAAUUGAUAAAUAAAAUCAUGGCAAAAUGUUUUAAAUAAUUCACAUUUUACAGCAUUUUUUUACAAGUGCUAAAAACCUAGCUUUGUAUUGUAAUCAUGUUCCCUUUUCUGCCAUAUUAAAACAACAAAAGGCAUAAUAUUUUGACUUUAAGACUGUUUAUAACAUAAUUACUUGUUUAUGAUUAAAUUGUGUACAGUACUAUUUGGACAGUAAUAAUAAUUUGCAGUUACAAUAGUAGUAAAGCUUGUUCUCUGCCAGAGGGUGAUGUUUUCACAAGCUGAUUGUAAAACCUGGAAAUACUUUUUGUGCAGCAUCUUCGUUGUGGAGAAGUUGAAGGGAGAAGGCAGAAGGAGAGUUUAUAUCAAGGUUUUCCUAAUAGUUAUAUGCCAUAUGGACCCAUUGAUUCCAGUAUUGUCAGGUUGGCCAUAUAGAGAGAGCAAUUCUGAAUUCAUCGACCAGUUUGUCCAAAAAAUUGUAUAACAGUUCAAUCAGUGCUGCACGAGUCUUUGUGUGUUUCUCUAAACAAAUUGUGUUUUCACUGUGAUGUUAAUAAGGUAUCCAUUGUGUGUAUUGGCUUAGUGUUAUAUGACCUGCUGAUUUCCACGUUCAUUAUGACCUGUUUGUGAUCCGCUUUAAUGAUUUUUAAUAAAUUAUGUAAAUAUUCA